UCCUUGAACACUUCAGCUAUUUGCUGAGGGAAGCACUCUCAUUCUGCAAAAAGUUUGAUUUAACAUGACGAACGUUUUGACCGUGGCGUUGCGAUUUUCAAUAUUUUUGCUUAUCAUAGGAUGUACUGAAGCUAAGAGGUUUGCCAUAAUCGCUCCCAAUGUGUUUCACGUUGGGGUCGAGGAGAACGUUUCAGUUGCGGUUUACGAUGCCAUGCAGCCCGUAACAGUGAAGUUAUAUCUGCAGGACUAUCCAUUCAGGCGGAAAACAUUCUCCCCAAACCAAGUUACACUACAACCAGGAAAAGGGAGCACCUCUCUCCUCACAGUCAAGGUGGAACCGGGGAACCUUCCAGAUAUCAAGUCGGUAGAUAUGCGGUAUGUUUACCUCAUCGCCAAGUCAGAUGACGGCCAUUUUCAGUUCCACAAAGAGGUAAAGAUCCUGCUCAGCUUCAAGAAUGGAAUGGUGUUCAUACAGACGGACAAACCUAUUUACACACCAAAACAGAAAGUUCGUAUCAGGGUGUUACCGCUCCAGUUUAACAUGAUGCCCUCCGGAAAAAAUAUAACUUUGAUGGUCGUGAAUCCACAGGGAGUCAAAGUAAGGCAGUGGAAGGACCUUGAAACUAGCACAGGUAUUAUAUCAAAAGAACUUUUAUUAAGCAAUUUCAUCAUCUUGGGUAACUGGACAGUAACAGCUACAUACGGUCAUCAGAAUAUUUACAACACAUCUGUGCAAUUCGAAGUUAAAGAAUACGUUCUUCCCAAGUUCUCCGUGAAACUCCAGGUGCCGCCUUACAUACUGAAAACAGACAAAGACGUAGAGGUCCAGCUAAAGGCCAGUUACACUUAUGGAAAGCCGGUUGUCGGGUCUGCGAAUGUCUAUUUGAGCAUUGCUUUGAAAGGAAAGGUUAUUCCGAUUGCUACUCAGCUAGUAUUGCUUGACGAAAAAGGCACUGCUACAGUGGAAGAAAGGGUGAAUUUUAUUAAAAAUGUGGCCGGAGAAAUCUGGUUCCCAGAAGGUGGUAGACUUCAUGUUCAAGCUGACGUCACAGAACGGGCGACCGGUGAAAAGGAGACUGCGGUGGAUAAAUCGUGCAAGUUUACAUCAAACCCCUAUCUGGUCGAGAUCAUAGACACUCCAAAGUACUUUAAACCUGGAAUGCCUUUUACUGUGAAGGUUGUGGUGUCGCUGAAUGAAAAGCCUACCGAGUCCAUAUCUGUGAGAUUAUCCGCCACAGGGAAAAGCUUGAAAGAAGAGAAACGCUUGACCACAUUAGAGGACAAAACGAUUGAGAACGGCGAAGCUGAGUUUACAGUUGAUGCCUGCACCGACUGCCAAACCAUUAAGAUAGAGGUUGAAGCCGUCAAAGAAAAUAUCCAGCCCGCUCUGGCUAACUUCGUGCUGCAACGAUUCGACGCAGAAAAUGGACCACUGAUUGUAAUUCGUCAUCCCCCGUCAGGAAAGUUGAAGGUCGAUGGCAAGUCUAAUAUUGAAACCUACCGGAAAAAUGAUGACAAAGCUGCCGUUUUUUCGUAUGUGGUGGUUUCAAGGGGAAGGAUUCUUUCUCACCACACCACUGAAGUGCUUGCGGACGGCUUUAAAAGCGAAACGAAAAGCUGGUCCCUUCAAAUCACUCCUGAAAUGUCACCAUCCGCGCGUUUGAUUGUUUACUAUAUUCACAGCAGUGGACGAGUCGUAGCUGACAGCAUUUUGCUUAAAGUUGAGGAAAAACUCCCGACAACGGUUGAGUUUACUUAUGAAGGCAAACGCGGAGGUGAAACUCAAAACAAAGUUGAGACACAACCUGCGAAAAAUUAUGUGAUUAAACUCAAGGCUCCUAAAGGAACGCGUCUGGGAAUCCUAGGGGUGGACAAGAGUGUUUAUCUACUGAGAAACGAGAAUAGACUCAACAAAGAGCGGGUUCUUAAGGCCGCUAAAGAACUUGAUCUUGGCUGUGGUGUCGGUGGAGGAAAAAAUAACAGAGACAUUUUUAAGAGGGCUGGUGUUGUCAUCAUGACGGAUAACUUUGUUAGCGAUGGAAGAAAUGGCUAUGGCUGCGAUGAAGAUGGUUCUCGAAGAAAACGGAGAUCAUCGGCAGACCCAGUUAUGAAGAUGUGCUGUGAAUGGGGAAGAAAAGCUGGUGGAAAUGUAACUUGCGCGAAACUUUCGUUGGACGCCAACAAAAAUUUGCCUGAUGACUGCAGGGAGGCCUUCUGGACCUGUUGCGUAGAAACGUAUGGCAGAAAUGAUUCCGCCCUGCUUGGAAGAAGUGGUGCACCGAGUGUAGAUGAUGAUGAGCGGUACCUCGCUGAGGUAGGGUAUCAAGUUAGAACCGACUUUCCAGAAACCUGGCUUUGGGAUGAGCGUGUCGUUGGGUAUACCUCAGAGGUAACAAAGACUUCUGUUCCACUGCUGACGAUGACAGCCUUGUUUUGAUCGGAAUACUCUACCCUCAACCAAACGAUGCCAGAUCUGUUGCAGUCCCAAUUAUUCCCAAAACAGCUGGAAAAAUAGAAAUCGAAGUCACAUCGAUUCUUGAAAUAAAAGAAGGUAAUAAAGACUUUUGGGAAAAAAGGGAAGUGGAUGCCGUAAAACGAGAGCUUCUUGUUGUGCCAGAAGGAAAGGAAAAUCGUACUUCACGAUCCUUUACACUGGAUCCUAAAGGAAUUCUCAAUGAUGACAGUAAUAAUGGAGGACACAGUUCUACCACAUCGCCAAGGAACAUUUCAAUUGACUUCGCAAUCCCCCCUAAAGCCAUAAGUGGUUCAACUGGAGCUGUCGUAUACUUGACUGGAAACCUUCUUGGUCCAGUUAUAAACACGACUAUCGAGGGUGGUCUGGAGAAAUUUUUCCGCCAACCUACUGGAUGUGGGGAGCAAACAAUGCUUUUUCUUGCCCCUAACGUGUACGUUCUAGAAUAUCUUAUGAACACCAAACAGAUCAGUGGCGCAAGCGCAGAAAGUGCACACCGCUUCAUCCAGUCAGGUUAUCAACGUGAAUUAAACUACCGUCGUGACGACAGGUCAUUUAGUGCAUUUGGAAAUGAACGACCAGGAAGCACAUGGUUGACUGCUUUUGUGAUGAAGGUCUUCUGCAAGGCUAAAAAGUUUUUGGGUGAUGAAAUUGAAGAAAAAAUGCUGUGCGAGUCUGUGGGUUGGCUGAUUGAAAACCAACGCAACGAUGGAGCUUUCCCCGAGGUUCACCAUGUCAUUCAUAGAGAGAUGGUGGGGGGUGUAUACAAUUCAGAGGGAGACGUUGCUAUGACAGCCUUUGUGUUAUCUGCUCUGCUGGAAUGUAAUUGCAAAGCGGUUUCACAGGCACACUUACUAAGAGCCACAAACUUCUUGGAGAGUCGGUACAAAAACUUGAAUAGACCUUACAGUAUGGCUCUCACUGCUUAUGCUCUGAGCUUGGUUGAUAGCAGAGAAAAAGUCGAUGCUAAUGAUCGACUUCUUCAAAGGUCUCAGUACGAUGAUGUUAAAAAGACUCGGCACUGGAAUACUGGUGGAAAUGCACUUAAUGUGGAGACAGCUGGUUAUGCAUUGAUGACUCAAGUGCUUCUCGGACGCACCGUUUAUGCAGGUCCUAUUGUAACGUAUAUAACAGGCCAGAGGCAGGGCGGUGUCGGAUUUGUAUCUACACAGGAUACAGUGGUAGCUCUCCAAGCUCUUGCAUUGCACAGCGAGAAAACUACAGGAAACAAUAAUUUAGACUUACGAGUAAAAGUAGAGACAGAAAAAGGAGAUGUAAAAGAAUUCCAUCACAUUAACCCAGAAAACGCACUUUUACGGAGGGAAGUCAAGAUUCCAGAGCAAGCUCUUCCCGGCAAGCUCUUCGUGGAGACUAAAGGAAGUGGUGUGGGACUCUUGGAGGUGGAAACUCGUUACAAUCUUCCCUCGUCAAGGGAUGAGAUCUGUAUGUUUGAAUUGAGUAUAAAAGUCGUUGAAAUAAAAGGAGAUGAAAAGGAAAAUCUACUUGGACCCAUGCAAAGCGAUGCCGCGGAGAGAGAACGUCAGGAAGAGGAAGAAAAAAGAAACAAUAACAAAAACAAACAAGGAGGAAAUGGUAGAAAGAAAGGGAGAGGAUGUAAAAAGAUAAGAAAUCGAGAGAAGAAGAAGCAAUGUAAGAGAAGGGGAAACAACAAAGGUAACCCCAAGAAAGGCAAGAAGCCUCAAUCUCCACCUAAAUACCAGCCAGUCAAGAAUAUCAGAUUGGAAGUCUGCACCAGGUAUAAGAAGCCUGGUAAUACUGGAAUGGCCAUCAUGGAUAUUGGAAUCUUAACCGGAUUUAAACCAAAGAACAAAUCACUAGCCAAGUGGAAAACCGACUUGCCCCAACUGGAUAUGAUUGAAGAAUCAGACAGAUCCUUGGUUCUUUAUCUCAGUGAGAUCCCUAGUGACCAUGAGCUGUGCGUAAAUGUUCUGUUUGAAAAAGAGUUUUACGUUGGUGCAGUUCAAUCAGUACCGGUGAAUGUGUAUGACUACUAUCAACCAGAUCAGUCCUGCAGCGAAUUUUAUGGGCCCGAAAAGUCAAGUCCGUUGAAGUUGGGAGUUUGUGAUAUUGGCUCCUCUUCGUGCAAAUGCACUCAAGAUAAAUGUCCACAGGAUGAUCCCCCGAUUGACAACAUUAACAAGCUAAAAAAUAUUGCCUGCACCAAUUACCAAUACAUCAUAAAAGGAAAGCUCUUGCUGGUCGAUGAGGUAGAAACCAUGCUUGAGUACGUCGUCGAGGUUGUGCAAAUCAUUCUAAAAGGAAACAAGAAACUGAAACUCAGACGAAAAGACGGUAAGAAAACACGGAUAGAGUUUACGAAGCGAGGAACGUGCCGGAGUCUUAAACUUGAGACUAACAAGGAAUACUUGAUCAUGGGUCGAGAUGAAGGAGGCAAGUACGAGCUGGACGAGAAUUCGUUCGUCAAACUGUGGCCUGAAGUCGGCGAGAACAAAGCUAAAUUGGAUAAAUUUGCUCGAGAAUUUAAGCCCUCAAAAUGCUAAAUUAUGAGGAUUGCAUGAUGUAGAGUGAUACUAUGCCAAGCAAGAUAUUAUCUUGAUAUCAAAGUAGAGUAAAAAUUUUAUUUGUUUUUUUCCUACUUUUAAAGAUGAUUUUUUUUCUUUUUUUUUUUGUUAUUUGCAUGCUGCUUUAACCUUUAUGGUCAGCCACAACGUAGCUCGCGAAGGGAAACUUGGACCACGUUCGUUUAUAAUGGACGAGCUCAGUUAAGGUUUGCGCAUUUUGAAAUACACAAGCUUAAAUUUUCCCAUUGCAACACUGAUCUGUAAUUGGCGUUCAACAGGCUUAACUUUCCCAUCCUCCUGUAUUUGAUGGUAGCUACCAGGUUGGAUUAUCUCUUCCUGAGCAAACCCUAAUGUUAGUCUGCUCUGUCAGAAUAAAAGGCACUUUUUGACGUUUUUUUAGGAUUCAUUUAUAGGCUGAGUAUUUUACAGAAACUGUUGUAGUCUAAAUUACCUUCUAUGGGAUUCCUGACAAAUGCUUCCUCGGCCAUUCUAUGUUUUCUUUGUGCUUAAUGAGGAAGCGUUUCAGUUUCCACCCCAUCUAGCAAUCACGUUCUUUUUUCUGAGGUUCGCAUUGAAGGCAGACUGCUGACCAGUGUGCAUUUUGCGCCAGAUUGCUGAGUUUCCUUCUAAGUCAGCUUCGCUGUUUUGGGGCUGUGAAAGGUUAAUUCUGGAGUUAAAGAAGAAGCAUCGGUAGAUGAAAAAUGGAAGCAUUAACUUUUAAAAAGUAUCUUCAUAGCCUAAUUAUGCCGCACAGUAUUUAGCAAAUGAAAUAAACGCCAAGUUUUAAUGA